UUAUUGGCCAAGCCUUAAGAUUGGAGUCUGCAGUGCAACUCUUCUACUUGAAGAAAGUGGCAGGCUUUGAGACGACCUCACUGCUUACGUUAUCCUUUUGAACUUUGUGGUGAAGGUGCGAAUGGAAAAACCUUCCCUUGCAAUAUGUCGAACAGGUUCUUAGCAUUGAAGAGAAAAACAGAUAUCUGAGAUAUUGAUGGAUAGUAUCUGCUUUAUUGAUACCAGACCAGCCUGAAGUAUCAUCACUGCAAGAAGAACCUGCUCUCUCUCUCUCUGAUAUGGGAGAACUUGAGUUCAUGGAUUGGGUUGUAAUCUCUAGUGUUUUGAUAUUAUCAUGGGUCGCAAUAGUUUUAUACUGGAUAUGGUGGAGACCAAAGAAGCUGGAGCAGCGUCUGAAGCAGCAAGGCAUCAAGGGACAUCCUUACAGGUUGUUGUUUGGCAACUUGAGGGAGGAGAUGAGGUUGGAGAAGGAAGCUAUGGCCAAGCCCAUCAGCCUCUCUCACAACAUCGUACCACGUGUAAUCCCUUUCGUUCAUCAAACCAUCCAGAAUUACGGAAGAAUGUCGAUUUCAUGGUUUGGAAGAACUCCCAGGGUCUAUAUUACCGACCCAGAAUUAAUAAAGGAAAUUCUGUUUACAAAGUUCGGACACUUCGAGAGGCCCAAACCAAAUCCACUAACCAAGUCAUUUCUAAGAGGACUUCUAAGCUAUGAGGGAGAAAAAUGGGCUAAACAUAGAAGGCUUAUCAACGGUGCCUUCCAUCUAGAGAAGUUGAAGCGAAUGUUGCCAGCGUUUUAUGCUAGCUGCAGUGAUCUGGUCACAAGAUGGGACAGCCUAAUUGCAUCUAAAGGGUCAUGUGAAUUGGAUGUGCAGCCUGAACUCCAAUGUUUAACUGGAGAUAUAAUCUCAAGGGCAGCAUUUGGUAGCAGCUACGAAGAAGGGAGGCGGGUAUUUCAGCUCCUAAAUGAACAGCUCAACCUUGUUAUCCAGUCUGCUAUGUAUUAUUGUAUCCCAGGUUUCAGGUUUCUUCCCACAAAAAGGAACAAUAGGAUGAAAGAAACUAGAAGAGAACUGAGAACAAUACUAGAGGGAAUCGUCAGUAAAAGAGAAAAAGUUAUAAAAAUGGGAGAAACCACUACAGAUGACUUAUUGGGGUUGCUAUUAGAAUCCAAUCUUAAAGAGAUCCAAGAACAUGGAAAUCUUAAGAAUGUUGGCAUGAGUAUUGAUGAAGUGAUAGAGGAGUGCAAACUAUUCUACUUUGCAGGACAAGAGACCACAUCAGUUUUCCUUACCUGGACAAUGGUUGUGUUGAGCAUGCACUCCGAAUGGCAAUCGCGGGCAAGGGAAGAGGUCAUUCAAGUCUUCGGAAAAAAUAAACCAGAUUUUGAUGGUUUGAACCAAUUAAAAAUUGUGACCAUGAUUCUGUAUGAAGUUCUUAGAUUGUAUCCACCAGCUACUAUUUUUGGUCGACACACUUACAAGGAAGUGAGACUGGGCAAUAUCUGUCUCCCAAUGGGAGUGCAUCUUUCACUGCCAAUAAUUCUCCUUCACCACAGUCAUGAACUUUGGGGGGAAGAUGCACAAGAAUUUAAGCCAGAAAGAUUUUCAGAGGGAGUUUCAAAAGCAACAAAGAAUCAACUCUCAUUCUUCCCAUUUAGUUGGGGCCCUCGAAUUUGCAUCGGGCAGAAUUUUGCAAUGAUAGAAGCAAAGAUGGCUUUGACACUGAUUCUGCAACAUUUUUCAUUCCAUCUCUCACCCUCCUACACUCAUGCACCCCACACAGUUGCUAGUCUUCAUCCUCAACAUGGAGCUCAAAUCAUCUUACGUAAAUUGUGAGAUUGAACAUUAUCAUCUUCAUUUUACAUCAUUGUGUGCUUUGUUUUCUAUGUUGUUCUGGUCCAUUUAAGUCUCUAGUAUUGGGUGUGUUAAUUCUCUCUCUAAUUAAGCAUUAAGCAUUGUAGAACAGCUAGAUAGAUUUUUUUUCCUUUCAAAAACUCUAUUUAAUUCUGGUGUUCCCAGUGGAGUCCAGAUUAUUACAUUCCCCGUCAAAUGAUCCAAGAAAUUUGUUCUAAGGCAUUCACCUCCUCAAUUUAAUCAAAGUACCUUAAUACUC